UCAGUGAGCAUGCGCGCUGUCAUAGCAAAGCGGAAGUAAAAUAAGUGGAUAAUAACACGAAAUUGUUGACGAGUUGGAAGUUAAAACAGAUAUUAUUACUGAUAUUGAUCAGUCGAAACAUGGCUAUGAACGAAAUUACUCUGCGGAAAAUGCUGUCUAAGAAUUACAAAUACAGAGACCUGACCAUAAGGGAAAUCACUAAUGUGAUGAAUCAGUACAAAGACCUGAAGCCUGUGUUUGACAUCUAUGUGUUCAACGAUGGCAGCAAUAGAGAGUUACUGAAUCUUACAGGAACCGUACCAGUGAGCUUUAAAGGAAAUGUCUACAACAUUCCUAUUUGCUUAUGGCUUCUAGACACCUAUCCAUUCAAUCCUCCCAUCUGCUUUGUCAAGCCCACUAGUGCCAUGAUGAUCAAAACAGGGAAGCAUGUUGAUGCCAAUGGAAAAAUCUACCUCCCGUAUUUGCAUGAAUGGAAGCAUCCCGAGUCAGAUUUAUUUGGACUGAUCCAGGUGAUGAUUGUGGUUUUUGGAGAAGAGCCACCAGUUUUUGCUCGGCCCACCGCACAGACAGCUUAUCCAGGAUUUCAAGCUUCUGGUCCACCUAAUGCCUCCUUCUUGCCCAAUACACCAAGCACUCCAUUUGGCCAGAGUUACUCUCCUAACCCAGGAGGUUUUCAGGGUUAUCCGUACCCUGCUGCUACUUCUGGAUACCCAGCCACAUCUGGAACACCACAGUAUACUUCCACCACUGCUGGAGGUCCCAGUCGUGAUGCCACCAUCGGUGAGGACACAAUCCGUGCGUCUCUCGUCUCUGCGGUGAGCGAUAAGCUGCGUUGGAGGAUGAAGGAGGAGAUGGACCGCUCUCAGGCUGAACUGGAUGCUCUCAAGAGGACAGAGGAAGACCUGAAAAAGGGACACCAGAAGCUAGAGGAAAUGGUGUCCAAAGUGGACCAAGAGAUGGCUGAUGUAGACAGAAAUAUAGAGCUGCUGAAGAAGAAGGACGAGGAGCUCACAGCCGCUCUGGAAAAAAUGGAACAGCAGUCAGAGAACAACGAUAUCGACGAACUCAUCGUGCCCACGGCGCCGCUGUACCGUCAAAUUCUCAACCUGUACGCUGAGGAGAACGCCAUCGAAGACACUAUCUUUUACCUGGGCGAGGCACUACGCAGAGACGUCAUCGACUUGGACGUCUUCCUCAAGCACGUGCGACUGCUCUCAAGGAAGCAGUUCCAGUUGCGCGCUUUGAUGCAGAAAGCCAGAAAAACCGCAGGCCUCAGCGACCUCUACUGACCAACUCAAAGCUCAACACUUGCCUCCUUGUCCUGUCCUCUCUAUUCUGUCUAACUCUGCAAUCAGUGCAUUAUCUACACCUGAUCUACAACCAGACAAGUGGCAGGUUUCACUUUAUAUAACAGCUAAAUGACAGCAUGAUGCUAUUUUAUACUAUUAGUCAUGUCUGUGAAGUUUAUACACACACACACACUUUAUUUAAGAUACCACUUCAAUCUUAAAGGCAUGGGAAUGAAGACAAAUAACUUUUUUGCAUUACUAUGAUUAUAAAUAUGAAGUGACCUUUCCAGAUGAUUUGUAGUGAUAAUUCUGACAAUCACAUGGGAGCGGGUUUAAAAUUCUUUAUCCUUUUUUUUUUUUUUUUUUAAUAACAAUUAACCCACUUCACAUAUUACGAGUCAAAGAAAUUUCAGUCAAGGCAUUUAAAAUACUAAUGGAUUUAAGAAGGCUCAUAAUUAAUCCACCCUGGCUGUGCAUAAAAAAUAACACAGUACAUUCCCAAAAAUUGUGUAUUGUUUUAUUUGCUUAAGUGUAUUUUUGCUCCCUAUUUCCAUGAUUGGUUUAUACGUUUAAUUCACGUAAUCAGUUUGAUAGUUACUAGUAUGUUUACAACACAGAAUUCACUCAAAUCUUGUGACAUAAUGAGAUGCAUAAUAACAUGGCUUGAGCUUUAUAAAUAUUAUUAUUAAUAUUAUUAUUUUUCAUUUUACCUACAUUAAUACUACCAUUAGUAUUUUUACCGUGUCAAUUAUAUAUAACAGGAAUUAUUUUUGUUAUUGCAUUGUGUACAUUUUGUAUUUUGUUGUUAUUAUUUUUGAUGUAUGUGUGUACUUGAAAUUAAGCUGAAAAAGCAAGCACUCGUCCUCUGAUUUUUUGGGAAAGGGAAUAUCCAAAUGGUUCUUUUUAAAUCCUUACUCUACUAUGUAGCGCUCUAAAGAAACUGAAUUAAAAACCAUGGUUUGUA